CACACCCACACACAAGAGGGACACACACACACACACACACACACACACACACACACACAGCAUGGAUGCAGCUAGUGUGUGCAACAGCAGAUCAGGUUGUUCUGGUUCCUACAGAUGCUUCACAGGACGCUGAAGACGAGGUGAGUAGCUAACAUGUCAGUCUCCUUGGUAACGUACCCAUCCAUUGAUUGGUCAGCGAUGUCUGUGACGCCAACGACAACCAAUGUGACCGAGUGGGAACGUGACGCCUUGCUGGCGGUGGCUGAAGUGGUGGUCCUGGCAAUCAUCCUGGUGAUGGCGUUGCUUGGCAAUGGGCUGGUGUUGGUGGUGUUGCUGAGGCGGAGACAACACCAUAACCCACUGCACCAGUUCAUGCUCAACCUCUGUUUGGCUGACCUUGUGGUGGCACUGUUCCAGGUGUUGCCCCAGCUGGUGUGGGACGCUAGGGGACGCUUCCCCGGCCCUGACUUCCUGUGUCGCCUGGUGAAGUAUCUCCAGGUGUUAGGGAUGUUUGCCUCGUCCUACAUGAUCGUGGCCAUGACUCUGGACCGUCACUACGCCAUCUGCUGCCCCCUGCAGGCACACCGCAUAGGGGCCACGCAGCGCUGGAACACCUUCAUCCUGCUGGCCUGGGGUCUGUCACUGCUGCUCAGCCUGCCUCAGGUGUUCAUCUUCUCCCGAUCAGAGGUGGCUCCGGGGGUCUAUGAAUGUUGGGGCAACUUUGCAGGGUCCUGGGGCCUCAAAGCGUACGUGACCUGGAUGGCCCUGGCUGUCUUCAUCCUUCCCGUCUUCAUCAUCACUGUCUGCCAAGUGAGAAUCUUCAAGGAGAUCCACAAUAACCUGUACCUGAAGUCAGUGCGAUACUUGUCCCCUGCCUCCGUCCCCUCGUCCAGACGGGAAAGCCAGAGAGGAGGAGCAGGGGGAGGGGGGGUGAGCAGAGGGAGGUCCAGUCUGUCUCUGUAUGCCCCCCCCCUCCUCUAUGACACCGCUGAGAAUCCCACCAGCUUUGAGCCCGGCUCCACCUAUCAGCACCUGCCGCUGGGGCCCCUGACGACCAGCAGCAUCAGUUCACACUGUGACAUUCACAGUUUCACUUCUGUUCGCGCUGAGCUUCAGCCUGACGUACUGCCUGACCACACAGUGCCCUCUGCUGUCUGCUCCCCCACCCCACCAGCCAAAGGCCCCCCUGCCCGUGGAGGAGAGGUAUCAGCGGCCAUGUCAAAGACGGUGAGGAUGACUCUGGUCAUUGUGCUGGUCUACUCCAUCUGCUGGGCUCCUUUCUUCAGUGUGCAGCUGUGGGCGGCGUGGAGCCCGAACCCUCCUCAGACCAGUCCUGUGUUCACCCUGCUGAUGUUAUUGGCCAGUCUGAACUCCUGCACCAACCCGUGGAUCUACUCAGCGUUCUCCAGCAGUGUCUCUCCAGAGCUCCGGCUGCUGCUGCUGUGUCGUGCACACUCUCAGCGCCGCGGCUCCAUACCCAAUGACUCCACCACCACACACACCUCCAACUACUAGACGCACAAAGACAUACACACAUAAACUUACACUGGACAAAUGCAAACUCUCUGCACUCUUUGUAGAAUGCAACCAAAUUAAAUGGUAUUAUAGUUUGUCUAUCGCUGU